AUGUUCCUGCUGGAGGAGGACAGGCUUUUCAAUUUUCCACGGCACGUAGGAACGGCCUGCUAUGUGUCUGGAAUCCACACAAUCAAUAAGAGCAGGCAGUUGACGUAUUUUGAAUCCAGCUUAGGCUAUACACCUAUAAAUACUAAAGAGGAAGACCGCUGUAGCAGCGGUGCCUCCGAUCCACAGGCCCAGCCUGCAGGGGUCAUGAAACCCCGAAUUAAACGAGCAUUGAAAGCGCCUGUUGUUGACUGCCAAUCACUAACCAUGGAAGGCUACCACUGCUCUGGCGAGGUGAAUAAAGACGAGAGAUUAGACUCCGAGUCGAUCUCAUUGACCAAUGUUACGGACCUUGGCACGCUCCAUGCAUCGUUUACGGCAUCGGAGACGGAGCGUGCCUGGGUAACGUCCCCGAUGUGGAAAGGGCUUAAAUGGGAUAAUCAUCAUGCGGAGGAAGAGGAUGAGGAUACUCUUACCUCGGUAACAGAAUUGUCCGAAGGGACUUGCCUUACACAGUCUCCAGAAGCGAAGGAACUGCUAUUCCUUCACGAGGAGGCAAUAACAAACGAGUUUAUGGAAAUGGAUAAUCAUCAUGCGCAGGAAGAGGAUGAAGACACUCUUACCUCGGUAACGGAGUUUCCCGAAGAGUCUUGCCUUAUACAGUCUCCAGAAACGAAGGAACUACUAUUCCUCCACGAGGAGACAGUGCCGAAGGAAUUUAUGGAAUUGGGUAUGUGGACCUUUUGGUGA